AUACAUCCUGUACACAAUUGCAUGAUACUUGAAUUCAACUUGAAUAGCCACUGCGUACAGCCAUCAAAAUGCAAGUCACAAGCUUAUUGCUGUUGGUUACUACUGCUAUUGUUACAGCUCAGUCAUUAGAAUGCUUCAAUGGACAACUUCGUGAAUCUAAUGCAACAUUUGUUGAGUACUGUUAUGAUGGAGAAUGGAGACAAAUCUGUUCCAGAAACAGUCAGUGGGAUACUAAUAUGUCUGUGGCUGCCUGUACAGAACUGGGCUACAGUGAAUCUGAGAUAAUUACAAUUAGAACAGUGUGUCUAGAUGAAAAUCCUCUAAAAGUGUUCAUUCUGAGUGACUGCAAAGAACCAGGGCUAACCAAUUGCACAGUGAAAUCUAGUGACAUUUGUACUACCCCAUGCUCUGUUGGGAGUUUACGAAUAUGCAACACAGCUAACUGCACUGAUGGAGAGAUACGACUGGUGGGUGGACCCACUAACAGAGAGGGACGAGUGGAGGUGUGUGUGGGUGGCAGGCGAUGGAGGACAAUUUGCACUGGCAGUCAAAAACUGGCAGGAGCCAUUUGUUCACAAAUGGGAUACAUAUUUGAAGGAAGCGCUGUGGCAGUAACUAACACAUUUCCUCAUGGGGCAUUUCCAGAGUACAGACUAAACUGUACACAACUAAGCAAUACAUGGCACUGUAGUCUAGUUGAACAACAAUGUGACAGCUUUGUGGAGCUUGGAGUUGUUUGUAGGAGCAAUGAAGAUAUAUACAAUGAAUGUUCAAUUUGCAACACACUAUCUCCACUGUGUACUAAUAUGGGAGAAACAAAUUUGCUUACCACAUUAGGCACCACCGAUAAUGAAAGAGGCACUACACGUGCUGGAAAUUCCACCACCUUUAUUGGCAUUGGUGUACUGGUGGCUCUGUUACUAGCUGUAUCAGUUGGUUGGAUAGUGUCCUGUGUUAUUCUACUCAGAAGAGGACACAUUGUGCACAAACAACAUGUUGAUGCAGGUACUAUCUCAACAAGGAGCAAUCAGAGCUACACACAACAGGACAUCAACACACAGCUCUACGCUGAGGCCACCCCUCCUGAUACAACCUACAGUAGACUGAACAGAAGUGAUAAACAGACGAAGGAAAGUGCUACCUACGAUUACGCUGAUCCCAAACAGAUAAGAGUAGAGCUUUCCCAAGCAACCAACCCACCACCAGUGAGUAGUGAAGCUAUCGUGAGAGAAGAGGAGUUCUACAUUGCUGAGGAUCACACGUACGCAGCUGUCAAUAAGAAAGCAAAGAAGAAAAAGAAGCCAAAGAAUGCAGAAUCUGAUAGAGAGGGAGAGGAGGAAGUCCCGCCUCCUUUUGUCAGUACCAUGGCUGAAGUUUAGGGUGGGGGUGACUGAACACUGCAUGUGAACUGAGAUAUUGAACAUUACUGGCUGUAAGACGUCCAUAGUAGUAGUAUAGAGAGAGUGAAUACACAAAAUCGGUUAUUAUGUACUGUAGUACGCUCAAUUUAGAAGGAAGAAAAUUAUAAUUGACAU